AUGGCACCAAAUCCGAUGUCGGACAAUUUCCAGCAACCAGACGAAUUUCAAUCCAUUCGUCCAAAAUUUGCCUUACUGCGGGGAAGCGCUCGUGUCGUUUCUUUGUCUGUUCUUUGGUAUCAGCUGUUGAAGAUUACGACUAUCGACGCGCCGCCGUUUCCACGUAUUUGUGCACAAGCCACAAAGUCGUCAUUUACCCUUAGCCGUCAUAACCCUUUGGUCCCGACGGCCGUUCAACGGCGAUUAUCUCUGUGGUUUCUCGUGUCGCCAGCUGCACCUUGUGGCGUACGUCGUUCUGAUACCGCAGUCAGUUUUACUCCGGACCUGCACGACUGCUGUACGGGUCUGUUUUCUCCGAAAGAGGCCAAUAAACCAGAACAACAUUUUUUUGGAUUUGAUAUUGAAGAUGAAGUAUUGAUAAUAAUUGAAAAUAAGAAAAAUUGGGUAAAAAUGGAACUAAGUAAAGAAACAGGUGAAGCUAUGGAAGUCGAAGAGCCAUCCAUUGUUAAUAAAAAGAAACAUUCUAUAUCAUCGAUAUCAUCACCAGAACUUAAUGAUGUUAAGAACAAUCGGAGUGAUAAGAGGCAUAAGAAAGACAAUUUUCACAGUGAUGCCUUAGAAUCAUUGGAAUUACAAGUUACCCCUACUUUAGGUAUUUCAGAAUCAAUGAAUGCAUCUUCAUCUAAACCUGAAUACAUAUCUGAAGACUGCCAAGCUAUUCAAUCUAGUGCAUCGCCAAAAGUUUCUUCUCAAAAACUUGAGAAAAUUGAUAUAAAUAACACUAUAAAUAAAAGACGGAAUUCUGAAAUUGCAACACCUUUCGCAUCCACGCCAUCAUUCAAUUGCAUGAUUCAAUCAUUGGAACAUGUUUUUAAAUAUUUGAAAACGCAUGAGCUGUUAUCAGCUUCUAGAGUAUGUACCGCCUGGCAUAUAAUUGCAAUGAAUAAACUCUUAUGGCGGAAGGUUUGUUUAAAAGAUUGUAUGGUCUAUGACUGGGAAAGGUUUGUAGACACAAUUAAUCAACAAAGAACUGAUACAUUAAACACUAGACGUAUGUUGAGACCCUCUAAAGUUGAAGACUUGGAAAGUUUUUGGUUGCGAUUUGCAAAUGCAAUGAAAAGAGCAAAACAGUUAAAAUGCAUUGAAUUGUAUAGAUGUCCUGUCCUUGUUGUUGAAGAUAUUAUUUACUCAUUACCUCAAAUUGAAGUACUUAAUGCUACUUCAAUAAGGAAUCCAAAUUUUAUGAAAGAGAUAAAAACUCCCAAUGAUUUAAUGUACCUAAACUUAAGUCAUUUGGGACAAAUGACAAAGCUCACAGAGUUAAGACUAAAAGGUUUAACUGGAAUAAAAUUGACGGCAUUGCCAUCAUUUGAAAAUUUAAUAAAUUUGAAUAGAUUUUCAUUAACGUCUAUUAAAGAAUUUCCAAAAGAGAUCUAUCAGAGAUUGAAUACUAUUACUGACACUAUUGAGUUUUUGGAAAUUGGUGAUUGCAAAUAUUUAACAAAGGAUUUUGCCGUGUCACUAAAAAGAUUUAUCAAUUUGAAAACAUUGAGAUUAGAAAAUUGCUGUAAUGGAUGGGAUCAAUCUGCACAUGAUGUUUUUACUGUCAUUAGAGGUCUUAAAAAGCUCAAUGUUCUGGAAUUGGUAAACAUAGAACUCAGUAAAUGUGUCAAAGAGGAAUUGGAAAAAUGUGAUAGUAUUAAGGCUUUCUUGAUUAUUCCUAAAUAUAAGGAUAGAAUUGGAACUGCUAUCUAUCACGUGGUUGACUGUCUCGAGAAACUCUCCAAGACAUUAACACACUUGGUUUGGUUAUUUCCUCAUGAUGUAGUUCGUGUUGCAGAAAUAUUUAUAAAUACUUUUCGUAAGAUGCGUACUUAUUAUACAUUAAAAUCAUCCCAUACCAAAGAAACGACCAACAAUAUACCUGAGCUCAGAACAAGAGAGCCCCGACAGCGACCAGGAGAUGAGGGCACUGCUGAAAAAGAAAAAGACAAGUCAGAUGGUAGUGUUGAUAAACUUACACUUGAUGAUCUAUGGAAAAUGUUAAAUACUAUGAUGCCUGAUGCUAAGAUUAAGAUAUUUACAGUUCCCUCUUAUCGAACAAAUGUUUAUUUAAAUGAACUGUUUAAUGAUCUUUAA